AUGGACGCCGUCAAUCGUGUCGUGAACGCAGCUUCUACUGUCCUCUGGGGCGAAGAUAUCCCUGAGAGUCCAGCUAUAUCACAUGGCGAGGAGCCAAUAUCCGGUGUCCAGGGCAAAGGCAGCGCCAAUGACCCUUACGACGCUGGUAACCGCGAAGAACAACCAGGUGCCCUCGACUCAGACGCCAAUACCGCUCCCCAAGAACCAAAACUAGACGGCACUCCUUUAAACAGCACCGAGACUCCAAAGACCGAAACCGCUACAGCAGGUGGAUCAGGUUCCAGCGAUGCUCCCAAACCCACCGAGUCCCAACCCGAGCAACGUAACACAGAACCAGAGUCCAAGCCCAAAGAUCUCGCCACUGAAAGCAAGACGGAAGAAAACAAAGAAAGCGGUGUUUCACACUCCAAGGCUGAUGAUCCACACUCGCACGUGAGUACGGAGGCACUUAAGGGUCCUCAAGGUCCAGCUCUUAAGCUGGCGGAGGAGUUUGAGAAGGAGGAGAAGGGAAAGAAGCCCGUGGAGAAGAAGGUGGCAGACCCUGCUGCUACUGAGAACCAUGCCUCGUCUGGAUCAUCUGGAUUGUCUGGAUCCUCUAAGGAUGUCAACGAUAAGGCGUCUGGUACUAGUGAUAAGGGAAGUGAUAAGAGUGGCAGUAGUGGGAAGCACAGUACUAUGCAGAAGGUGAAGGAGCGUCUGCAUAAGGUUGCCCAUCCACGCCAGCAGGAAACCAAGGCGUAA